GCUGCGGCACUCGAAGGUCACCGCGUGGGCCGAAGCAGACACUGCAUCGCUUUGCCAGGUGGCUAGGGGGUUGAAGCCCGUCCGGGAGCCGCAGGUGCCAGUGUGGCUAUUCCGACAAGCAGGCAGACAUCUUCCGGAAUACAACGAGUAUAAAGUCAAGCGGGGGAAGAACUUUCUCCAGCUCCUGGACGAUCCCGCUGACGUUGCAGAGUGCACCAUGCAGCCUCUCAGGAGGUACGGCGUGGAUGCUGCCAUCCUGUUCUCGGACAUCUUGGUCGUGGCACAAGCCCUUGGCAUCGACGUGGAAAUGCCUGGAGGCAAAGGCAUCCUCGUUCCUCGGCCCUUGGAGUCACCCGAGGACUUAUCACGACUGGCACCCAAUCCAGCAACCUCCGAGUUCGUCGAAGAUCGCCUGGCCCAUGUGCUCGAAUCUGUCCGCCGCAUCGUCUCCACCAUGGACGAGGAAGGCUUUGGCGACGUGCCCCUCAUCGGCUUCUCUGCAGCUCCUUGGACGCUGUUCUUCUACAUGGCCGG